GCAUUGUUUACGCCAAAUGUUAGUAUUCACAGACAAUCGCACUGCGUUACUUAAUUGAAUUCCUGUGUGUUUGUCCAUCUAAAAGUCCUUAAGCCGGCAGAGCGAAAACACUCCCACUACUCAUUGACUUGUACUACUUAGCGCUGCGGGGCAGUCGAUAGAACAUAUUUUCUGACACGUGCACGUUCUAUAUAGCUGCGUAUAAACCCAGUCAUUUCCAUGUGUACUGGUCAGCCGCCUACUAGAUUAUGAAGUUGCAUGUUUAUCAUUAUAGCGUCGUUACUGCGCAUGCGCGUCAACAUCGCAAGAAGCCCAAUAUGUUCUUCGCUCUCAGUGUGUGCACAGCGCAGUCAGUGAUGAUGUUGCGAUAAGUACAUGGGAGUCACCUCCUGCUCCGGCUGGAUCUCUGCGCGGCGCGGGCAGCCAGCAGCUCCUCGCUCAGCUGCUCUCUGGCGGCGCCUCCUCCGUCUCCGUUACUGCACGUCCGUCCUGCCCCGGAGGAAGCUCGUCCGGCGCUGUGGAGUGAUAAGCAAGUCCCCAGUUCCUAGGAAGUCCUUCUGUGAAAAUCUAUCACCAAAGAAGUGGGAGACCCUUGACUUCAACAUUGCCAGAGCAAAUAGCUUGUUCCUUAAACUGGAGGAUUUUUUCUGGCAACAGAGACCCUCAUCUUUACCAUUACCUUAUGGACUGAAAGGCAGUGAGCUCUUUCUGCUGAAAAUUUUAGCAGUUACUGCCAGUUACAAAAUGCCGGAGAGCAUCAGCAAACUGGACUGCAGAACCUGCGUGGUGGUUGGUAAUGGAUACGGUGUCAAGAACAGUUCCUUGGGGCCGGUUAUAAACAAAUACGAUAUUGUAAUCCGAUUAAACAAUGCCCCGGUAAGGGGCUACGAGAACGACGUGGGAAACAAGAGCACACUGCGGUUCUUCUACCCUGAGUCGGCAUCCCCGAACCCCGACGCGCACAACGACCCCGACACGCUCAUGGUCCUGGUGCCCUUCAAACAGAACGACCUGCGGUGGCUCAAAGAGAUCCUGUACAACGAAAAGAGGGUGAGGAAAGGAUUCUGGAAACCACCUCCCCAGAUAUGGCAAGGCAAAAGCAGCCACAUUCGCAUUUUGGACCCCUACUUCCUGUACCAAACUGCAAGCAAGGUGCUUAAAAUUCCUGUUCAGCCAAAGGGUAAGGAGAAACCUGUUCACCCCACCACUGGGAUCCUGGCCAUAUAUGUGGCCCUGAGUUACUGUGAUGUUGUUCACGUGGCGGGUUUCGGGUAUCCUCAGUCGAAGAAUCAGAAGCAUCCCAUACACUAUUAUGGAUCGGACACCAUGAAAUCCAUGAAGGACUCCUACCAUGACCUUUCCCAUGAAGCAGAGGCCUUGAAGAGGCUGGAGGAUGCUGGGCUCAUUCAGUAUCUUCACCCCCAUUCCUGACACCUGCCUACUGGUACCACCCACGGCCCUGGACUGCUCCAUGUUCCUCUCUACCGCAAUGGCAAAAAGCACAACCAACCUGACUGCAGACAAGGAACAGA